GUUUUCAUAAUUUUCAUGGAUGGAUAUCGAUCGAAGUAACCAAUGCCGGACGGUGACGGGCUGGAGAUUAUUUAUUUUGCAAAUUUUAUUGAAAAGUUAUAUGAAGAAAAUGGAAUCGAAAUUACAACCACCUCUCAAAUACUUUCUUCGCGAUGAAGUCGUUAUCCAUAAUGAAGAGACCAGCGCGUGGGUUAUCGUCCACGGAACAGUUAUCGAUAUAACGCCACUGUUUGCAGCAGCCGAACGAAAGACAUCGCUACAGAAGAAGACACUACAAUGGCUGUUGGCGCUUGCGGGGCAAGAUUUAAGCUCGUUCUUCCAUAACAACGAGCAUACUCCCAUCGAGCGUACCAACCGCAACGGAGAACGGGUUCCAAUCUUUGUGCCCUGUUUGGAGCGUAAUCCUGCCACCCAGCUCUACUGGUACCGUGAUCCGGCUCUGGUCAUUGGACGCAUUACAUUCCACCCAUGCCCGGUGAAAAUUAUCAACACAUUGACAUUCCACGAGACGGAAAUGAUCGUUUGUUACGAAGAUACGAUCGGCGACGUGCGGGAAAAGUACUUGCGCUACAACGACAACGCCUACCGGUACGAAUGGCGCAAAGAUCUCUCCAUGGGAUCCGAGACUGGACUGCUGCGGAUGGAUAAAACGCUUACUGAAAAUGGGUAUCAGGUCAAUCUGCGCAGUCCGAUACCGGUAAUUUGGAUAUUUUACAUUCUACCUCCGGGAACGAUAGACACAACGAAUGGCACGCACUCUUGCUCUGGAACAUCGUGCAACACGGUGAACGGGCCUCAAGCGGAGGAAAGCCAAAACGCCAGCGCAUCUCCAGGUGGAAAACAAAGUAUAAACGCGACCACAAAGACAAAUUGUACGGCUCUGAAUAUCCACGAGUGUGCGAAAAACUGAACAAAUUACAAUAUAAUAGAAAUUCUUGAAAUUUUUCCGAAGACCUGCUUUUCACCGUUCCACCGCCAUCAGAGGCAGACAACCUUCACCAAUUGCACCACACGCCAGACUUGAUAAAACAAUCAUCAACAGAUGAUAAGCGUAGGAUUUCAUACCGAUUCCUGCACUCGCUUCCACCAUCGGUAUAGUGCAUGACCAAUCAUUUCUUCAAAUUGCCUGUCACGCGUGGGUCUAAAUUAGCACGUUAAACUACACCCAUCGCUGAGCCCUGUCCUAGCACCCGUAUGCUUUCAUCUUCCAAGUGUUGUUCAGCAUCCGUCCCAGUCGAAUCUACCGACCAAAUUCAACCGACAAACUGUGUGCACCUUUCAGCAUCCUUCAUUAAACACGCAGGCCGGCUGCCCGAUCGGUGCCAGGUGCUUUCAGUCGAAUCGAUUUCUUUGAAGGUUUUCUCGCAUGUGUACACCACCAGUACGACAUUCCGGUUCGGAGGUUGUAUUCGUCGCACCCACUCGCGCCGUACUGAAGAUAAAUCGGCCGAAGCGUGUCUGCCAGCAACAAACGGUGUCGAACGGCUGGAAAGCAGCAUGCGACUUCAGUACGAACAAUCUUGAAAACAAAACACCAGCCUCAAAACGCAGGCACCACACAGGGGCUGUGGUGAAACUUAUCCUGCUGACGCGCUCUGGUCGGCUGUAAGCAUACAUCCUUUGAAACGAAACAUCUGCCGCACUUGGUCGGCAAGGUCGGAAAUGGCUAUGCUAACUGUACCAGGUAUUCAAAGUUUAACCCAUGACGCUUGUCGCUUUCGGUGCACCCGGAUUUACGUGCGCAAAUUUGUAUUACAUUAGCUUUUGUGUUUCGUGCAUUUGAAUCGUUCUUUUUUGUUUUUAGCUAAGCUUAACUUUUAACUAAACAAUGCAAUUAUAAAGUGAAAGUUAACAUUUUA